UUUUGAUUGUGGUGCUUCAACGAAAGAGACAAGAAUUUUCUAUCAAGUGCAUAUAUAUAUCUAUUCUAAAUCAAAAUCGGAUUGAGUGUGAAAAAGUAGCUGUGAAUUCGCCAUGAGAUUAGCAUUGAUAUUGGGCACUUUAAGUGCUCUUCUGUGCCUGGCCAGCGGCUUGAGCCAGUCGGAGGUGCAAAGUGGUUCAAAGGGCUUUCCGAAAAAGGUAACAACCCUGAAGAAGCGGCCAACGAAAACGCCAAUUUCCACCACUAGCAGCAGAGGAACCACCACGUUGAAGCCCAGUAAGCCACGCGUAAAGAUUGUAAAGUCGGCAGCAGCAGCAGGAGCCACCAGGAGCACCACCAAAGCACCGGCUUUGGCAGAGACCUUUGGCAAUCUGCCCGCCGAUGACCUGGAAUUCAUCAAGGAGCUGGACAAGCAGUUCAAACUCCACGGCGACAAGAUCAAGAUCAAGGUGGAGCGGGAUAAUUCCACGGGCAGCGGUGGCAAGAACAGCAAGAGGACCAUUGAAGGCGAUUUGGGAUACGGCUACUCGCAUCCUGGCUAUGACUACACGCCGCCCAAGUUCAUGUUCUAUCCCUACUCGCAACACGAUAUCCCCUCUGGCUUUGCCCAUCCCCAGCCGCUGCCGGAGGAGCAGGUGGAGCAGGAGGAGGAGCCACAGCAGCCGGCGGUGCAGCACCACAGUCACGGUCACAGUCAUAGUCACAAUCACAACCAUGAACAGGUGACCAGCGUGACCAUUGAACCCUCGUACUCCUACGAACUGAAGCCGCAGACUAGCUACGAAACCCAGCCGCAGCCGCAGCAGCAGCACACGGCACCCGAGCAGCCGCAGAUCGAUCUGCCGCAGGAUGAAAAGGAGGGAGGAGCCCAUGGCUACCAGGAGCCCGUCAUCGUGCUCCGCAUUCCCGGCCCGGCCAAAUACGCCGCCCACUUGCAGACCCUCCUCCAGCAAUAUCUCGAGAUCAGGGCCGCCCAGUACCUUAGUCUGCUGCAGGAGGCCGAGCAGCAGCAACAGCAGCAGCAGCAUGUUGAUGCCCCGCAGCAAUACGGACCACCUGAACCUACGGCCAACUACCAUCAGGAAGUGAGCUAUGCCCACCAAUUGGCACCCACACCGGCUCCCCUGCAGUACGCACCCAUCGACGAUGUCUACCAGAGCUACAAGGGUCGCCAGCAACAGCAGCAGCAGCAACAGUUGCAGCUGCAACAUCAGCAACAGUACGAGCCGCAGCAGCAAUACUACGCGCCGCCAAUGGAAUACCAGCAGCCCACGCAGUUCUACUAUGCCCAACCGCAGUCACAUUUGCAGCAGCAACCGCAGCUCUAUCUGAUAGCAAUGGCACAGCCGGAAGAGGAGCAGCAAUCCCAGCAGCGACAUCACCAUCAGCAACCCAUCUAUGUGCCAGAAUCCGAUCCACCCACAGGUCCUGGAGCUGCCGAGCACGAACACGAAGCGGAAAGCGAACCCCAGCACAGUCUUCCCAUCACGGAGAACAACCCACGACCCACCCACACCAAGGUCAUCUUCAAUCCGUAUCCCUACCAGCAGCAGCAACAUGAGCAACACCAGCAACAUCAGGCUGAAAUCGAGGAGCAACAAGCUCAGUCGGAGGGCGAGCGACCCCCCUUCAACUACCAUGCCCAUGGUCUCAAGAUGCGACAGGGGAAGAGGGCGGCCAAGGCAGAGCCGGCGAGUGGGGAGGGUGACCAUAGACUCCAGCAGAUCAGGGAGUACGUUAGAGAGAAACUGGGCGCUGAAAUGGGUUCGGCUGUGGAAUACAAGACGACGCAGCUGCUCGAGGGCUAAGUAGGUUCAGGGGGGGAAUUUGGGAUGGGAGAUUUACUGCCUGGAUAUUUUGUUAAAAAAUUGUGUUUAAAUCGAAUUGUUUUAAAUCAUAAAUUAAAUCCAGAGAUUUUUUGGGGCCCUUUCCAAAAAUAGGAUGAAUUUCCAAAUCUCUAGAAAUCAAAAAUAAUUUAAAAGUCACCUAAAAGUAUGCCAUACAUUUUUGAAUUUUUGGUUGGCUAAGUUUAAAAACCUAUCAGAAAAAUU